GCUGCAAACAUGGCAUCACCACUCUGCAUAUCCGUAUUGUUGCUCAUCAUGUCCACCUCCACUGCUGCCAUCGCUGUAGCUCCGUCGUCUCGUUCAGGUCGCCCGAGCAAGCGAAACGGUAGCAGCACUGACCUCGCCGCGCUGCUGGCUUUCAAGGCGCAGCUCUCCGACCCCGCCGGCGUCCUCGGCGGCAACUGGACCGCCACCACGUCGUUCUGCAAAUGGGUGGGCGUGUCGUGCGGUGGUCGCUGGCGGCAGCGCGUGGCUGCCAUCGAGCUGCCAGGCGUCCCUCUCCAGGGAUCGCUCAGUCCUCACCUCGGUAACCUAUCUUUCCUCUCCGUGCUCAACCUCACCAACGCCAGCCUCGCCGGCGCAAUCCCAAGCGAUAUCGGCAGGCUGCGUCGCCUCAAGGUCCUUGACCUCGGCCACAACGCCCUGUCCAGUGGCAUCCCGGCCACCAUAGGCAACCUCACGAGGCUCCAGCUCCUUCACCUCCAGUUCAACCUCCUCUCUGGCCCGAUCCCAGCGGAGCUGCGGCGCCUGCGUGAGCUCCGCGCCAUGAAGAUCCAGAGAAACUACCUCGCUGGCUCCAUACCGAGCGAUCUGUUCAACAACACCCCCCUGCUGACUCACCUAAACAUGGGCAACAACAGCCUUUCAGGGCCGAUACCACGCUGCAUCGGCUCGUUGCCGCUGCAGUACCUCAACUUGCAGGUCAACAAUCUCUCCGGGCUGGUGCCACAGAGCAUCUUCAACAUGUCUUCCUUGCGUGUUCUAGGCCUGGCCAUGAAUACGUUGUCCGGGGCUUUAGCUAUGCCGGGAGGACCGAGCAACACAAGUUUCAGUCUGCCUGCUGUGGAGUUUUUUUCGGUCGGUCGAAACCGAUUCAGCGGCCCGAUUCCAUCCAAGUUGGCUGCUUGCCGGCACCUCCAAAGGCUCUUCCUGUCCGAGAAUUCGUUCCAGGGCGUCGUCCCUGCAUGGCUCGGCGAGCUGACGGCUCUGCAAGUAAACAUGUUGGAUGGGCCGUUGCCUAUGACGAUCGGUGACAUGAACUCGCUGAGGUUACUUGUAAUCGUAGAAAACCAUCUGCGCGGGGAUCUCGGAUUCCUGUCUGUUCUUUCCAACUGCAGGAUGCUUUCAGUUUUCCAAUUCAGCACGAAUCAUUUCGCAGGGACCCUCGUCCCGGACCACGUUGGGAACCUCUCAAGCAAUAUGCGAGUAUUCGCUGCAUCUGACAACAUGAUAGCCGGUAGUCUUCCAGCUACUAUCUCGAACUUGACUGAUCUUGAGAUUCUAGAUCUCGCAGGAAACCAGCUUCAGAACCCAGUCCCAGAGCCAAUCAUGAUGAUGGAGAGCAUCCAAUUUCUUGACCUCAGCGGAAAUAGGCUCUCUGGCACCAUUCCCUGGAAUGCAGCUACGAACUUGAAGAACGUUGAGAUCAUGUUCCUUGACAGCAACGAGUUCUCCGGCUCCAUACCUAGCGGCAUCGGUAAUCUCUCCAACCUAGAGCUCCUAGGACUACGUGAAAACCAGUUCACGUCUACCAUACCAGCGAGCCUGUUCCAUCAUGAUAGGCUCAUCGGAAUAGAUCUGUCUCAGAACUUGCUGAGUGGCACACUGCCAGUUGAUAUAAUUUUGAAGCAAAUGAACAUAAUGGAUCUGUCCGCCAACCUCUUAGUUGGCAGCCUACCGGAUUCACUUGGACAGCUUCAGAUGAUGACCUACCUGAAUAUAUCACUCAAUUCGUUCCACGGCCCGAUCCCGCCCUCUUUUGAGAAGCUGAUCAGCAUGAAAACUCUAGACCUCUCCCAUAACAAUAUCUCCGGAGCCAUCCCAAAAUACCUGGCUAAUCUUACCGUGCUCACUAGUUUGAACCUGUCCUUCAACGAGCUUCGAGGCCAGAUUCCAGAAGCAGGCGUCGUCUUCUCAAACAUCACGCGGCGAUCCUUGGAGGGGAACCCAGGGCUAUGCGGCGCUGCACGCUUAGGGUUUCCUCCAUGCCUAACUGAACCACCCGCUCAUCAGGGCUAUGCUCACAUUCUGAAAUAUUUACUCCCCGCAGUCGUCGUCGUCAUCACAUCUGUUGGAGCUGUAGCUUCCUGCCUAUGUGUAAUGCGUAACAAGAAACGACAUCAAGCAGGGAAUUCUACUGCCACGGACGACGACAUGGCUAACCAUCAGUUGGUCUCCUACCACGAGCUCGCUCGUGCUACCGAAAACUUCAGUGAUGCUAACCUGUUGGGGUCUGGAAGCUUUGGGAAGGUUUUUAAGGGCCAGCUGAGCAAUGGCCUGGUGGUUGCCGUAAAGGUCAUACGCAUGCAUAUGGAGCAAGCUGCUGCAAGGUUUGACGCAGAGUGUUGUGUGCUUCGAAUGGCUCGGCAUCGCAACCUGAUAAGGAUACUGAACACCUGUUCCAACCUGGACUUCAGAGCGCUGGUGCUCCAGUACAUGCCCAACGGGAGCUUAGAGGAGCUCUUGCGCUCCGACGGAGGAAUGCGACUAGGGUUCGUUGAGAGGCUGGACAUCGUGCUAGAUGUGUCCAUGGCAAUGGAGUAUCUGCACCACGAGCACUGCGAGGUGGUCCUACACUGCGACUUGAAGCCUAGCAACGUGCUGUUUGAUGAGGACAUGACCGCGCAUGUGGCGGAUUUUGGCAUUGCGAGGAUCUUGCUUGAUGAUGAGAACUCCAUGAUCUCCGCGAGCAUGCCUGGAACAAUUGGAUACAUGGCACCAGAGUAUGGCUCUGUUGGAAAAGCUUCACGGAAGAGCGACGUGUUUAGCUAUGGGAUUAUGCUCCUUGAAGUCUUCACUGGAAAGAAACCCACAGAUGCUAUGUUUGUUGGUGAACUGAGCCUCAGGCAUUGGGUCCAUCAGGCAUUUCCUGAAGGGCUUGUCCAGGUCGUGGAUGCUCGUAUUCUACUCGAUGAUGCUUCUGCUGCUACCAGCAGCCUGAAUGGAUUUCUUGUGGCAGUGAUGGAGCUGGGUUUGCUCUGUUCAGCUGACUCGCCGGACCAAAGAACGACGAUGAAGGAUGUGGUGGUGACGCUAAAGAAGGUCAGGAAAGAUUACAUCAAAACGAUCGCAAUGAGUACGAGUGCUACCCAGGAGCAGUGACUGUUUGUUCGCUGCGGUUUGCUGUGGCUUUAAUCCAGUUA